CGACGACCCCCGCCCGCGCCCCGCCGGCCCCCCCCCUCGUAAAAUUUAAAGGGGGCGCAGCAUUAACGCUUCCCGCUCAGGUGACCUCUCAGGGGUCUCCCCGCCAAAGGUGCCCCGCCGCCGAGGAACAUGGCGAAGGUGGAGCAGGUCCUGAGCCUCGAGCCGCAGCAUGAGCUCAAAUUCCGAGUGAUCGCUACUUUAAGCAAGCAAAGAGACUUAAUAGGAGAUCAGACUUUCUCCAUCUUUAUUGUGAGUCAGACUGCAUGUGUUGGAGAAAGGGUAGUCCCGGAGAGCUGCUGCCUCCGUAGUCUCAGACACUGCCUCAGCACCAAGUGUCCUGUUUCUCCCUUGAUGCCAAGAACUGGAUGCAAGGAUGAAGCAUCGUCAGCACCUGGCCCUCCCUCAGUAGCUGAAAAUCCUCUUGGGCCACAAGUACCUGCCCUCCUGUGUCCCUUCACUGAUGUUGUCACCACCAACCUAAAGCUUGGCAACCCGACAGACCGAAAUGUGUGUUUUAAAGUGAAGACCACAGCACCGCGCAGGUACUGUGUGAGGCCCAACAGUGGGAUCAUCGAUGCAGGGGCCUCAAUUAAUGUAUCUGUGAUGUUACAGCCUUUCGAUUAUGAUCCCAAUGAGAAAAGUAAACACAAGUUUAUGGUUCAGUCUAUGUUUGCUCCAUCUGACACUUCUGAUAUGGAAGCGGUAUGGAAGGAGGCAAAGCCAGAAGACCUUAUGGAUUCAAAACUCAGAUGUGUGUUUGAAUUGCCAGCAGAAAACGAUAAACCACAUGAUGUAGAAAUAAAUAAAAUUAUAUCUACAACUGCAUCAAAGACAGAAACACCAACAGUGUCUAAGUCUCUGAGUUCUUCCUUGGAUGACACUGAAGUUAAGAAGGUGAUGGAAGAAUGUAAGAGGCUUCAGAGUGAAGUUCAGAGGCUACGGGAGGAGAACAAGCAAUUCAAGGAAGAAGAUGGACUUCGGAGGAGGAAGACGGUGCAGAGCAACAGCCCCAUCUCAGUGUUGGCUGCAGCUGGGAAGGAGGAGGGCCUCAGCACCCGUCUGCUCGCGCUGGUGGUUUUGUUCUUUAUUGUUGGUGUAAUUAUUGGGAAGAUUGCCUUGUAGAGGCAGCAUGCAAAGGAUGGUAAAUUGGAUUGAUGGAUCCACCAUAUCAUGGGAUUUAAAUUUAUCAUAACCAUGUGUAAAGAGAAAUUAAUGUAUGAUGACAUCUCACAGGUCUUGCCUUUAAAUUACCCAUCCCUGCACACACACUACACACACGCACAUAUAAUAUAACAAUCUUUUAGAAAGUUAAAAAUGUAUAGUAAAUGAUGGGGGGAAAAAGAAUAAUCUUUAUUAAUGAUGAGGGAAACCAUGAUUAAUGCCACAACGGCAUAUUGUAAAUGUCAUUUUAAACAUGGGUAGGCCUUGGUACAUGUUGCUGGAUUACCUCUCUUAAAACAAGACACUCUUCCACGCCUGUUGGUGCUGGCAUGUGGGAGCCGGAGCCCAGCACAGAGGGGAGUGCGGUCGGCUCCACGCAGUGGUCCCACGCUGCCCACACCCGCCCCAGGCUGCUUUUCCAUGUCUUCAGUUCUGUCCAAGCCAUCGGCUCCUUGGGACUGAUGAACAAAGUCCGAAGCCAAAAAGAAUUGCACUGUGGCAGCAUCAGACGUACUUGUCAUGGACGAGAGGCAUGUGUUGACUGAUUGACCCAGUACUUUGGAAAUAAAUGUCAAUGCUUUGUUCUCUUAAAGGGACCAAGCUAAAUUCCUGUUGGUUCAUGUAGUGAAAUCGAACUGUAAUUCAGAGAUGUUUAAUGCAUAUUUAACUUAUUUAAUGUAUUUCAUCUCAUGUUUUCUUACUGUUACAAAAUCACAGUGAGUGCUACGCGCUCCCUAACGCCAGUGCGUGAAGCCGGCUUUGCUGUGGGAAGGCCGUGGCUCCUCUGUCUCCGGAGGUUCCGGGCAUGUGGAGCUGGGGUUUGUCGGAAUGUUGGAGAAGAGUGAUCAGGAAGUGAUUUUCAAUGUCAAUAAAUAACAGCUAUUGUAGGGAGGGAAAUUCUUAGUGGUGACAGUCAACUCUAGGUUAUUACCCUUUUUAAUGGAGAAGAGUGUCAGUCUCCUAGAUUGUUCUUUCACCACCUCUCAACUACCAUGCAUACUGCUAGUGCACAGGCCCAGGUGUGGUCCUGACCUCCGCUUGGGGCCCUGGCUUGGAGUCAGGACGAAUGAAUGAGGCUACAGGGGCCUGGGGGAGCGGGCACCGGCAGGUGGCAGUGGGAAAUGGUGAGAGAGAGACUCCUCAGCUGAUCCACCUAGUAGUAAUUUAGAGUUUGACUGUGAAUUAAUUUUAUGCCAUAAAAGACCAAUCCAAUUCUGUUUGACUAUGUAGCAUCUUAAAAAGAAAAAAAAUUACAAUAAAGCCCCAAAAUUAAGAGUUCUUUUGUCAUUUUGUCACAUUGGCUAUAUGGGGGUAAUUAUUUUAUCAUCUUUAUUAUUUUGCCAUUGGAAGGUUGAUUUUAAAAUGAGCCCAUAUGUAUGCUUAAUGAUUUAACUAUACACAUACAUGUGUGCGUGCGCGCGCCUGUGUGUGUGUGUGUGUGUGUGUGUAUUUUUUGGAGUGGGGAGAAUUGGCUUUGAGGAGUAUGAAAAAUAAAACUGAAAAUGCAAGCACCUAGUCACCUUUGGCCUUCCGUUGCUUUGGCCUGCAGUAAAAAGCAGCCUUCCUUUUGGGUCAGGGAACCAUGCCACAGAGACUGGUGACAGCUGUGCUUGGUGUGACCCCAGUGGGUGCACAGGUUUGAGAGGACAAGUUUAUCAAAAGGAGAACACUUCUAAGACACAUACCUCACGCCACACUGCUCCUGAGCCUGGCUUUGGCGCCUGGGUCGGGGCCUUGACACUGGCAAAGUGGAAGUCUGCGAUUGGCCUGAGUAAGUGACUUCCAUCUUCAAGGAAAGAAGUUGAUGACAAACCCCAGGGGUCUAACCGAAAUGUCUGUGGCUGGGACUGUGUUGAGCAGGAGGACAGGGAGGCCAUCCAGUUGUACAUUUGUCCCCAAGACCUCUUCCGUGUGGCCCCCAGUGCUUGUGAAAGGACUGAGCUCUAAGGCACAUGCCUUCUGCCACCUAGUUUUCUUAGUGGACUCACUUGCCGAUUGUAGGCCCUGUAGCAGAUUCGUCUUUUUGUAGCUCCCAGUCCCUCAUGGUCUUGAAAGAAGAGUGAUUAGAGAUGCUCCAGCAGCACCUUGGGGUGCACUGCAGUCCCAUUAUGCUAGAGCAGGGGUCUGUUUUUUCUUAAAGGAUGUGGCUGUGUGUUCCAAUCAAAACAGCGUGUGGGGUUUGGCCUGAGUCUAUGACAGUUCUUAAAAAGAGUGCCUGGGAAACUAUUCCGUUUAGGUCUUUGUAGGUGAUUUAGGGUUUCGUGUAUAUCUAGGAGAAGGUGUGCAGCUUCUCAGAGGUUGUAGACAUUUUGGUUGUAGCUAAAAUUCAAUUUUUAGAAUCCACUUGUUUCUUCCUUCUAACUAAUCAUCCUCUGAAGUCUCUUUCCCUUCUAGAGAUUAGGAUGUGGUGAACACAUGUUCGUUUGUGGGGCAUUUUUAACUGAGUGAAAGAAGGAAACUCCCCAGGGAGAGAAGUUAGGCAUUGGUGGGAUGGUUGUUAUUUUCUAAUCAGCCUGAUUAGCAAAGAACGUGCCAGAAAAAGAGCAUGUGUGUGAAGCAACCAAGCACUGCUCCUUCAUCAGAACAUGGAGGUGCACACGCAUUUGAAUAUCUUUUCUAGAAUAACAGAAGGGAGAAAAAUGAGAGUAAGGUAAAGAGGAGGUGACUGUGAGGCUGUGUCACAAUGGUCAGAGAGUUGGGAAUAAACUGGCCGGGAAAGAGCGAGGAUGCCGGCCAGUGAGUGAGCCUGGCGGGUCGCAGGCAGGCUGCCCUCGCACCUGCUCCCGGGGGCCAGCACCUCCAGACGGCUGCCCUGGCUUUAGAAGUACCUACUGUAGUGCUCACAAAUACAGAAGAGGUGGAAGGAAUAACAAAGUCUCUUAAAUUUUUAUUGAUUGAAUUUUUAAAUUGGUAAUUUAAGCUUUCUUGGCAUGAUGCAAAAUACCACUUAAAGACAGCAGGCUGUAUUAUUUGUAGGUGCGAGGAACUGGCUUUAAUUUUUUACUCGUAGUUUGCAUGUUUUCCCUCUCCAGUCUUCUAAACUGCUGGCACCAGCAGUAAUAAAUACUGAUAAAAUCAAAAUUGAUUUUUACCAGUGGACAGUUUAUGCCUAGAGAGACAGCUUAUACCCACAUAACACAGAAGGGGGAAAAAUGAAGAACCUCCAGUGAUCCGUGAAAACCUAAACGCUUUCAAACAAAUCCCAGGAACAGAAUUGCUAUCAAAAGAUAUCAGUGCCCAGCUUGCAGGCUGUGUUGAGUCAGAUAUAACUGAAUGCAAUGAGAGUGCAGAGCUAAAUAGCCUUUCAAAUUAAUUUGGAAACAAGCUGUGUGUGUGUGUGUGUGUGUGUGUGUGUGUGUGUGUGUGUGUGUAGCAUAUGUACCAUAUGUUAAGUAGCUUGACAGUUUUCAAAUGGUGCCUAUAUUUUUUGCAUACACAAAUCUUUGUAAACUCAGAAUCCAUGCCAGAAUACAAUGCUAUUUGUCGUUUUCAGCUCCUUCCCUAAAGACCUGGCCCAUGUACACAUUUCUGGCUAUGGUUUGUAAAUUCGUGGUUUAAAAAGUAUAUAUCAAAAGAAAGGGGUCUUGCGCUUGCCAGGCACUUUGAACACCUGAAUAGCAAUUUAACCUCCAAGACCUCAGUGGCGAGGCCACUGCCUCCCCUGCUGGAGGUGGCAGUUCACUGAAGGGCGUCUGGCUGCCGCGGCCCCUGUGGAUCCUGGAGGGGGAAGAGAACUAAGCAAAACUGUGCGGCUAACCAGAAGUCACCAUGGUGAGGAGACCUGUCUGUCUUAGGCUUGGGCCGUGUCUGCUGUGGCCGGGAGUGAGUGCUGUCAAGGUGAGUGGGAGUGGAACGGCAUUCAGCAAGUCCCCUGGAAAGCGUAGACGGUGACUCCAGUUCAUGGCACACAAACCACAUAAGGCUGCAGUCAGUCUUCCGUAACACAGAGGGCAGCUCUGAAGCCACGUGUCCCCUAUGCGAAUUGGGUCCCUCAGGGUUUCUGUGGCCCGGUUGGAUUUGAAGAAGGCUUUUUACCCUCUUCCUCCGCGGAGCUGCUACGAUAGGAGCCUUUUAGAGAAAGUUGCUGUUGUUUCCAUGCUACUCUCUGCCCGUGCAAAGCAUUUCCAAUACAUUUGGUCAUUGGCCUUAGUCAUCACAGCAACCGUGACCAGGGGUUGAUGGCUCUGUUUUUUACACAUAAGGAAAUGAAGGCUUCAGGAGGUGAACUUGGGCAGCUUUUUAGAACAUCUCAUUUAGAACCAACUCAGUCUCUGUGAAGGCUGCUAAGGCACUGUUUCAACUCUGAAAGUCGCUCCGGGGAGCCUCAUGAACUGCCCCCAGCUCCUCCUCCCUUCUGUGCCCUUCAGUGCCUGCCCAUGCACCCCAUCCAGGUAUUUUCACGCUCAAGUAGGUAGACUCAGGACUGUAGUUCAGAUGCUUUUGCUUUCGGAAACUGAACACACUCCAGACAGUGAGGAAAUGUGUAUUUUCCAUUUUCUCAUUGCCUACAGAUCUCUGCCCGAUGCUCCUGGGGAAUGAAUUUGGGGGCUUUAGAAAGAAAAUUACCAGUCUGUCUCAGUGAGGUGAUGAUGGAAAUGCUUUAUGUGGAGGCUUUACAUAACUUGUAAAUUAAAUGUGAACGAGGGCAGUUCAUUAAAAUCGGCAUUACAGAAGUGGCCUGCCGAGGUUUGCAAACAAGCCAAGCUGCUGGUAUUUCAGGCCUCCCUGAAUUAGCGCCACAUUUCUUCAGGAAAUCAGAAGGGAGAAAGCAAUAGAAGAAAGACCCUGAUAAAGAGCAUCAGCUGAGAGGCGCUUGGGCGGCUGCGAGCAUGGAACUGCGGCGAAGCUCACAGACCUCUGACUCUGGCCCCCGAGUCCCAUUAGCCGUGAGCUUAGCACUGAGGCUCCGCCACCAAGAACAUUCAUUGGGGUGCAUGAGCUCACCCACCCCUGUGCCAAGGGACCCAGACCUCCCUCUGUGGGAUGUUUUUAGCUGUAUCUACGGCACUUAACAAUAGAGCUUUCAAUUUAAUUUAUUUUCAUUACAGAGAUAUUUUGAAAAAUGUAAAAGACGCGAACUCACAUAAACAGUUAUGUAUAAUAGUUAAAAGGGAAACUGGUGGAGGUGGAUGAGAGGUUGUCUCGAAUGAAUAUAAUUACUUGAUUUUUUUCCUUAAUGGAAUUAAUUCAUUAGAAAAUGUCUGCAUCCAAUCUGUAGAAAAGGAAGAAAAAUCUAGCAACAAAAAUAUAGCUAUUAUCUAACUUGCCAUAAAUAUUUGCAAUUAUGAUACCUUGGAAUGUUGCCACGAUAUGGAUUGCUUUGAUUAAAAGAUGUCAGUUGAAUAAAACAGUAAUGUGGGGGAAUUGUUUUCUGCUGCUAGAUAAAUGCUGAUGUUUAUUUUUAAACCAGGAAACAUUGAUCCUGUAACAAUGCCCUAUUACAAUUGCUUUAUUACACCACAGGGCUGAUGUAGAUUUAAUCAUUUGGCUAAUGGAUGUGGGUGCAGGACGGAUGCUCGCUCGCUGUGCUGCUCUCCUGCCUGCACCGCGGUGCGCGAGGCCAGCGUCUGCGGGCGGAGUGGCUGCUGGCAAGCUCCUUUCGCUGAUACCCACGCCAGGUCUGGCCAGAAUGAAACAGGUUACCUUUCACUGCUUCCCUUCAGAAAGGCACCAAAUACGGGAGACAAAUCAGAUAUCUUAACACAAUUUCAUUAAGGUUUAGUGCUAGCAAGAAUGCUGAGCUUUUUGUGAUUUAAGAAGAUAAUAAAUUAGUGUGCAUGUUUCACAUAUCGACUUGCCGGUUUUCCACGUCAUACAAAAAAGGCCUGAUUCUUUUUAUGAACUGGCUGCCUGCAUUCCCAUCUUUUUGUUUUUUAGAAGUCGACUGAAUUCCGCUGUUAAUCCUCUAGUGCAGCAUUCAUUAAAUUUUUUUUUCCAGUGAGUCUUUUACAUGGAUUCAAAGGUCAGAAUUUAUUGUCUGUAAUACUAAGACCAUGUGUAUAAGAACUGCUUUUUGCUUUUCAUCAUUCCCUCACUCGUGUAGCAAACAUUCAGUCAGCACCUUCUAUAUGUUGUAUACUAUAUGAGGUGCUGAGAAAAUUAAUCAAGGGGAGUGAAUUUGUUUUUGUUUUUCAUUCUUAUGUAGCCUAAGUAAAAUGAUUCAAGCUUAUACACAGAGAGAAAAUGCAAAAAUACAUUUGGUUCUCAUAUGUAUUGCUGGCAUUUACUUUUUAAAGACAAUUUAUAAACUGCUGCCACUUGGAACUUCCUAUAAGAAACUCAGAAGGAUCUAUUUAAAUGUUCCCUUCACCUCUCUCUCUCCUGAGUAAAGAAAUAAGAAGUUUCAAUAAUGCAUGCUGUCCCUUCCUUGUUCUACAUCUUUCUGUCUUGAAAAAAAGAUCUCUGCGGUUUGUGAUGUGUGUGUUUAUUCUGUCUUCAAUGUAUGUCAACAUUAUAGGAAUUGCAUAUUUUAAGAGAUGUCUUAGAAUGCUUUAGUUUUCAUAAUUUUUCCUUUAUGUAAUUUAAUUUGUAUUUCCUGUUUUGACAUGGAAGUCAUUUAAAAAGUUGAUGCAGGAAAGGCCUCUGCCGUUGCACAUGUUGGUUAUCUGAUGUGUAAUAAAUUCAUGGUUUGACAGCUGACCUUGUGUUUCCUGGAGGGAAGGAGAUGUAUUUCUGCAGGAUCCAGAUCAAGAAAGCUACUCACAGCAUGCUCUCACAUGUUCCCAUCAGCCUGACGAAACUCGCCCUGCCACGGCACACGCUUUUGUACUAGCUGUCUCCAUAUUAUGUUCAAUAAAUUCUGUGCUCUGAAUAUACUUAAA